AAGGGAUGUUAAUUCCACAAGAUCAGGCGAAUGUUUCUGGCAGUGAAUCCAGGUGAAAAAGCUGAAGCUUUGAGAGGAUAAGUACCUUGGUAAAAAAAAAGUCAGAGCGACUGUGGGAUAAGAACCAGGGACAAGAGCCAGAACUGGAAAUUAAAGAACUCACCUGAAGACAAAGCAUUCCGUUCAUCAGAGACUGCACAAGAGUUACUCUUGCUUUUGGCAAUUAAAGAUGAUGUUGUCAUGGAAACAGUUGAUCCUACUUUCAUUCAUUGGCUGCCUAGGAGGUGAGCUGCUCUUGCAAGGUCCAGUGUUUAUCAAAGAACCCAGCAACAGCAUUUUUCCUGUUGGUUCAGAGGAUAAAAAAAUAACUUUAAAUUGUGAAGCACGAGGCAACCCUUCACCUCAUUACAGAUGGCAGCUGAAUGGAAGCGAUAUUAAUCUGAACAUGGAGUACCGUUAUAAGUUGAGUGGAGGAAAUCUUGUGGUUAUUAACCCCAACAGAAAUUGGGAUACAGGAAGUUAUCAAUGUUUUGCAACAAACUCAGUUGGAACAAUUGUCAGCAGAGAAGCUAAACUCCAGUUUGCCUAUCUGGAAAAUUUUAAAACCAAAAUGAGAAGUACAGUGUCAGUGCGUGAAGGCCAGGGAGUCGUCCUGCUCUGCGGGCCCCCGCCACACUCUGGAGAACUGUCAUAUGCUUGGAUCUUCAAUGAAUAUCCAUCAUUUGUCGAAGAAGAUAGUCGGAGAUUUGUCUCUCAAGAGACAGGCCACCUCUACAUAGCCAAGGUGGAACCAUCGGACGUGGGAAAUUACACGUGUGUGGUGACUAGUGCAGUGACAAACGCCAGAGUGCUGGGUUCCCCAACUCCUUUGGUGCUACGUUCUGAUGGUGUGAUGGGUGAAUAUGAACCGAAAAUAGAAGUUCAGUUUCCAGAAACUCUUCCAGCAGCUAAAGGUUCAACUGUAAAAUUGGAAUGUUUUGCCCUUGGAAAUCCUGUACCUCAGAUUAAUUGGAGAAGAAGUGACGGACUGCCUUUUUCCACUAAAAUUAAACUGAGGAAGUUCAGUGGUGUGCUUGAAAUUCCCAACUUCCAGCAGGAAGAUGCAGGUUCCUAUGAAUGCAUUGCUGAGAAUUCACGAGGAAAAAAUGUCGCCAGGGGGCGUCUCACUUACUAUGCAAUGCCUCAUUGGGUUCAACUCAUAAAAGAUGUGGAAAUAGCUGUGGAGGACAGUCUUUACUGGGAAUGCCGGGCGAGUGGUAAGCCCAAACCCUCCUACCGAUGGUUGAAAAAUGGAGAAGCCCUUGUGCUGGAGGAGAGAAUACAGAUAGAAAAUGGUGCCCUUACAAUAUCAAACCUAAAUGUGACUGAUUCUGGCAUGUUCCAGUGCAUAGCAGAGAACAAACAUGGGCUCGUCUUUUCCAGUGCUGAGCUCAAGGUUGUUGCUUCUGCUCCAGAUUUUUCAAAGACUCCAAUGAAAAAGUUGAUUCAGGUGCAGGUGGGCAGCGAGGUCAGCUUGGAUUGUAAACCCAGAGCUUCUCCCAGGGCGCUCUCUUCCUGGAAGAAAGGAGAUGUGCUCAUACAGGAAACUGAAAGAAUUUCUUUUUUAAAAGAUGGAGGACUCAAAAUUGCCAAUGUGACUAAAGCUGAUGCUGGAAUUUAUACCUGCAUAGCAGAAAACCAGUUUGGGAAAGCAAAUGGCACAACACACUUGGUUGUUACAGAACCAACGCGAAUAACUUUGGCACCAUCCAACAUGGAUGUCUCAGUGGGCGAAAGCAUCAUUUUGCCCUGCCAGGUGCAACACGACCCCCUAUUAGACAUCAUGUUUACCUGGUAUUUCAAUGGGGCCCUCGCAGAUUUUAAGAAAGAUGGAUCUCACUUUGAGAAAGUUGGUGGGAGUUCAUCGGGAGACUUAAUGAUCAGAAACAUUCAGUUGAAACACAGUGGGAAGUAUGUUUGUAUGGUGCAGACAGGGGUGGACAGUGUUUCAUCUGCUGCUGACCUCAUAGUAAGAGGUUCCCCUGGACCACCAGAAAAUGUGAAGGUAGAUGAGAUUACAGAUACAACAGCUCAACUCUCUUGGAAAGAAGGUACAGACAACCAUAGCCCAGUUAUAUCCUAUUCUGUCCAGGCGCGGACCCCUUUCUCCGUGGGUUGGCAAACGGCCACAACAGUGCCUGAGGUCAUUGAUGGGAAAACACACACAGCUACGGUAGUCGAGUUAAAUCCAUGGGUGGAAUACGAAUUUCGGGUUGUAGCCAGUAACAAAAUCGGAGGUGGAGAACCCAGUUUACCCUCAGAAAAAGUAAGAACUGAAGAGGCAGUGCCAGAAGUGCCUCCUUCAGAAGUCAGUGGAGGAGGUGGGAGCCGGUCUGAGCUGGUGAUCACCUGGGACCCAGUCCCUGAAGAGCUACAGAAUGGCGAAGGUUUUGGGUAUGUUGUUGCUUUCCGCCCUCUUGGAGUAAGCAACUGGAUCCAGACAGUGGUCACAUCUCCUGAUACCCCAAGAUAUGUCUUUAGGAAUGAAAGCAUCCUGCCAUUUUCACUGUAUGAAGUUAAAGUGGGUGUUUAUAAUAACAAAGGCGAAGGACCAUUUAGCCCAGUGACAACAGUGUUCUCUGCAGAAGAAGAGCCUACAGUAGCUCCAUCUCAAGUUUCUGCAAAUAGCUUGUCUUCUUCAGAAAUUGAAGUUUCGUGGAACACCGUUCCUUGGAAAUUGAGCAACGGACACUUACUCGGCUACGAGGUACGGUACUGGAAUAAUGGAGGAGAAGAGGAAUCAUCAAGCAAACUGAAAGUGGCAGGAAAUGUGACGUCGGCCAGACUCCAUGGCUUAAAGAGCAACUUGGCAUAUUACACAGCUGUCCGGGCUUUCAACAGUGCUGGUACCGGUCCCUUUAGCGCCACGGUUAAUGCAACCACCAAGAAAACUCCUCCCAGUCAGCCACCAGGAAAUGUUGUUUGGAAUGCUACAGACACAAAAGUGUUACUUAAUUGGGAGCAAGUGAAAGCCAUGGAGAAUGAAUCAGAAGUAACAGGAUAUAAAGUUUUCUAUAGGACUAGCAGUCAAAAUAAUGUGCAAGUGCUAAACACAAACAAAACUUCAGCUGAACUUUUGCUGCCCAUUAAAGAGGACUACAUUAUUGAAGUUAAGGCCACAACGGAUGGCGGGGAUGGGACCAGUAGCGAACAGAUCAGGAUUCCAAGAAUAACCAAUAUGGAUGCAAGAGGUUGUACAUCAGCCAUCUCCAAUGUCUACUCUGUGUCAAGUUAUAUCUCUAUAGUACUGAUCUUUAUUGUAAACGCCCUGUGGUGAUAGUCACUUUUUUUUUUUAUUAUUUAUUGGGAAGUUCAUUGGUUACAAAAAAAGUGCUUUCAUGAAAUGCAGUGAUUAUGCAUGUUUUUUUCCAACUCUGUAUUUUUAACUUUCUACAUAGGUAAAAUAUGAAUAUAAUAAAAAAAAACAGUAAAUCCUUUUAGGGGAAUCUGAAAUGCCUUAAUAUUUACUUGAUAAACCAAAGGAAUUUACAUAUUACAUACAUCAGAUUUUUGAUAGAGACAUUCUUAAGCUAUGAUUUUAAGCACUGUCUAUGGAUAAAGACUCACAUGCUCCUGUGUGUACA